AUGCGCUGGUAUUUCGAGUGGAGUAGGGCGAUUGGCAGCAUUGUAAGCAUCGUCCUCCCCGGCGACCAAGUAGUCCAAUUCCACGGUAUCCCGUACGCUGCAGUCCCGCGCCGCUUCAAGCAAUCCACUCUCCUCGAGAACCUCAAUGGCACGCAUCGCAACUUCAAGUUCCCGGGCUUCGCGUGUCCGCACUCGUUCACCAUGGCGGAUGACCACAGCGGCGGUCUGUAUCCCAACGAGCAGAUCAUCGAAGUCGAUGAGCUCGCGUGCUUGACCGUCACGCUGAGCAUACCGCUCCAGUACUUCACCGCUGUGACCGCGCCGCAGGGUUCUGCACGACAGAAUCCUGGUCAGCAAGAGGGGGGGAAACGGAUGCCUGUCAUGGCGUAUAUCCACGGCGGCGCGUUUCAUGUCGGCAAAGCAGACGCGGUACACGACACUGCGCCGCUCGUCUCGCAAUCCAUCGACGACGCUCAACCCGUCAUAGCGGCUUCUCUGCAGUACCGCAUCGGCGCUUUGGGGUUCCUCGCUACUCCAGACGGAGGUGUGAAUCUGGGCUUGUGUGAUCAGAGAACAGGGCUGGAGUGGUUGCAGCGCUUCAUCGGGGGAUUUGGCGGCGAUGAAAGCAGGGUCACCAUGUUUGGGGAGAGCGCGGGGGGUUUCUCGAUUUGUUGCCAUAUGCUCGGCCGCCCGAGUGCGAGGCCGCUAUUCAAUCGAGCGGUCAUCAUGUCAGGUGUGCUGGGCCCGUUGAUGGUGCCUGUUUCGCAGUCCGAGGCCGGGAAUGCGUUUAACGAUAUCUGCGAGAUUCUGGGCAUCGAAGAAACAGGCCGCGCUGCGCUGGAAAAGCUCGAAUCCGUUCCAGUCCAGAGACUCGUUGAAGCGGGCGAUACAUGGACAGCCCGCGGCAACUUCUGGCGCCCCGUCGUCGAUCCGUCAUUCUUUGCCCACGCCGAUGUGUCGUGGGACGCUAUCCCUCGUCUCCUGGCGGAUUGUCCGUGGGUCGGCGCGCUCAUCGUCGGCAACACGGCGAGUGAGGGGACGCCGUACAGCGCCCUCGCUGCAUCGCUCACGCCCGCCUCCUUCCGGGCACACAUCUCUGCCGGCCUGAGCGAGCAGGCGACAGACAGAGUAAUGCAAACGUAUGGUAUCGAGGAGGGCAUGGAUCACACCCUCUUCGCCCUCACUGCGACCCGCUAUCUGGGUGAUGUCGUUUUCGACGCCCCGAUCCACGCGCUCUGCUCUCAUCUCUCCUCCUCCUCCGCUCUCAAUGACACGAAGCUCUACAGAUACAUAUUCGCCGUCCCAAACCCCUUCCCUGGCGCGUCCUUCCACGCCGUCCCACACCACUGGGUCGACGUGUACUUCUUGUUCCGAACCCUGCAGUUCCGCUUCCCAAACACCACGCUCAAGAAGAUAAGCGACGAGCAUGCGAGGCUGUGGGUGCGGUUUGCGCACGGCCAGGCGCCGUGGGGUGAGUGCGGGGAAGGGGGGGUUAUGGUCGCUGAUGCGGUGCAGGGGUGGAAGGAGAUGACUUUAGAGGAGGACGAGCAGGGGAACGGGCGGGAUCUGGCGAGGCUGGGGAGGCUGUGGGAUGCGUGGGCGGAGAAGAGAGGGGAUGCGGCGUGGGCGCCUGUCAGGGUUUCGCAGAUCAUCGCGGCGCAGGAGAGGGAAGAAGAGGGUGUGUGA